CUGACACUUUACAAGCAGCGUGGUUUUAUUUAUUUUCUUCUCUCCAGUGUAUUCUCCGGGUUGGUACAAAUAUUGUAUAUUUAUUAAAUAAAAAUCAAGCGUGCUUUUAACACUAAAUUGAUUUUGCUGAACAAAAUCAUAAAAAUAUACAAAAUAUGAGUUCUCAAACGGACAAGAAACCAUUUCAAAAAUUCUCCAAUGACGGUGGCAGAAAACCGUUCAACAAGUUCAAGAAAAGUGGCAAGAAAAACCAUAGUUUCAUGCAAAAUGCCAGAGGAUUUGGUAAGAAAGGUAACUAUGGUCGUGGCACACACAUCGAAGAAGAAGAAUUCACAUAUUUCUUGGGAAUUCUUGACACACAACAGCGUUCUCCACCCGAGUCAAGUGAUGAAAUGGUGGCCAUGGCCAACAAUGUCAUGGAGCAGACCAAGGAUAAGGAAAUUCACCUGUCGUCCAAUCAAGUUGUCUCCAAAACUCUCGAGAAUCUGCUGGGAUUUGCCGAUGCCGAGCAUCUAGAGCGAUACUUUGUGGUUUUUGGUGAAGGCCUGCGGCCAGUAUGCUCAGACGCAUAUUCUUCACAUGUUCUUCAGAAAAUGUUGGAAACAGCUUUUGUCCGAGCCGUUGGCGCUUCCGUGAAAAAGGAGAAGGAGGAGGAGAACACCAGGCCAAAGAGGUCCAGAGAUACAAUCACCGAACUGAAGUACAACACCACUCACAAAUUCACCAAGGAACACCGCACCAAGUGUUCAGAAUUCGUUGUGCGCAUCUGUAAGUUUCUGCUAAACAAUCUUGAAGAUUUUGUCACGGACCAAAAUGCCAGCUACCUCCUUCGUACUGCCAUUCUCACUCUCGCUGGUGUCCAUAUUCCCAAGACAAUUUUUCACAAAGGUAAAGUGGUCAAUAAUGCGGAGAAGUUCAAUGGCGACCAAAAUUGCCAUCGUCUGGGAGAAUUUAAACUCGACAAAACCGUAUUCAAAGUCCCUGACGAAUGGACCGAAGUCUUGAUGGAAUUCCCAGGAAGACUACAGUUGUGGCCUCAGUUCAAGGAAUUCCCCUACAAUAACAACACUUCUGUCCUGCUUCAAGUUAUCUGCAUUGCCCUACAUACAGCAAAUACGAAAGCUCUCGAUGAUUUCGGUAAGAAACUCAUAAAGGACACCUUCAUAAACGUGGAGGUUCCCAAAGUUCCUGAGGGAAACCCAUUUUACAAGAAUGAUAACCAUGGCGAUGAAGCUAACAACGGUGUCGAAGAGGAGGCAAAUGGCAAUGGAGAAGAAGUAAAAUCAGAGAAAAAUGUCAAAGAAGUGAAAAAUGAGGAGGAAGAAGGAGAAGAUGAUGAUGACAAAGAAAAACCUUCGGUGUUCAAAUCCGACAGUGCCACCCGGCUUUUGCAAGCUCUGAUAGCUGUUGCUUCCCCAAAGCUAUUGAAACAUAUCCACAAACUCUUCAAGGAUCGUCUGAUGCCUUUGAUAAACAGUAAGUUCGGUUAUUUCGCAGCUACGCGAUUGAUCAACUACGUAGCGGACAAGGAGGAGUUUGAAGCCAUUCUUGAUGAGCUCUCUCCGCAUUUCGAGAAGUUCCUGCAGACUAACAAAGCAAACUUGAUAGCUUCUCUCUCAGCCACAUGUCUGCGUCUGAAGACAAAGCAAGCAGCGCUUAUCACUGCUUUGCAAAACACCCUGCACUGCAAUGCAUCUUUGGGAGAGGAUCAUCCCAAAGCCUUCUUCACCUGCCUUGUCAAACUCAAGCCAUUCGAAGCUCUGUCCUACGAACAUAAGACAUACGUUGGCAUCUUCGGUUCGUUCAUCACUCAAGACAUCCUGCAAUUUAAUAAACCAAUUUUCUUGGUCAAUUCCAUUUUGGAGACACCAAUUAAGUUCUUAGUUGAAUUAUUCCAAAUAUCCAAUGGCAGUUACAUUGCAGACAAGUUCUUUACGAGUCCCACAAUUGGUGAGAAGUCUCGUGAGAAAUUCGUGAAGCUUUUCGAAGGAUUCUAUAUGGAUUUGGCAAUUACACAAUGUGGCUCCCGAGUAGUGGAACUUUUGAUGAAGACAUCAAAUGAUAAUCAGAAAGCAGCAAUUGCCAAGGAGCUCACAUCCAAGGAAAACAAAUUAAAGGGAUCAGUAUACGGAAGGAUUUUGUAUAAUGUGCUGAGAUUGGAGACCUUCAAGUUGAGUCCGGAACAGUGGAAGGCAUCGUGGUCAUGUAAAAAAGAAAUCCAACCAGUAGCAGACACAGAUGAUGAUAAGAAACAUAAAUCAGAGUCAAUGGAGACUAACACUACCGAGGAAGGAACAACAACUGAGACUGUGACGCCGUCUCCAAAGAAGGCCAAAAAGAACAAGAAGAAUAAGAAAAGAGUUGCGUCUUAAAUUAUUCUAUAGGUAGAUUUCCUGAUUUUGAUAUUAAGUUUUGUUUUUUAAUAAAAGUGGACCUAUGUAUAAUUGUAUAAAUUAUUUAGUGACAAAAUAGAUUCCUUAUAUAUUUGUUUUCUA